AUUCGUGAGCACAGAGAGCGAUCGCAUCCAAUUUCAUGUGUCUCCUGCUCAAAAAAGUGAGUGCACAGUUUGGCCAUUGCGUCCCGUUGCUACGUUGUCUCGCAGCGUCACGCAAUCGCUUAUUCACUUCAAGAAGUCGAAACUGUCGCACGAUCGCAGCGUGGCCACUCACGAGGAUGAUCCCCAGGGUCCACGUUAGACUUUUUAGUAAACUGCGAAAUAUCGGGUGGAAGUUCCCGCUGAUGAGCGGGCGUGUUGGGCCGAGGUUCGCGUCGAGGGGUGCUCGACAUCUUCACGUGAACGUCAGUCCGGGUGAGAAAGCCGGCUGCAGUAUCGAAGAAGGAGACAGCAGCUACCCCAUGGUAGAUCACUGUUACGACUGCGUGAUUCUGGGAGCUGGAGGCGCUGGGCUACGAGCUGCCUUUGGCCUCGGAAGCAAAGGAUAUCGAGUGGCCGUCCUCACGAAGCUCUUCCCGACGAGGUCGCACACUGUGGCGGCUCAGGGCGGCAUAAACGCUGCCAUAGGCAACUCCGAGGAAGACAGCUGGCUCUAUCACAUGUACGAUACCGUCAAGGGCUCCGACUGGUUGGGCGAUCAGGACGCUAUUCACUUUCUCACGAGGGAGGCGCCUCGCGCAGUCUUCGAGCUCGAGAACUACGGUGAGGCGGGUUCAAGUCGACGGAGUCAAUUGGCGACCAGGCUGAUGAGUAAUUGUCCCGCAGGAUGCCCCUUUUCCCGCACCGGCGACGGGAGGAUUUACCAGCGAGCCUUCGGCGGGCAGUCCCUUAAGUUUGGCAAGGGCGGUCAAGCUCACAGGACCUGCGCGGUUUCCGACAGAACCGGCCACUCCAUACUGCACACUCUCUACGGCCAGAGUCUGCGCUACGACGUCCACUACUUCGUCGAGUACUUUGCUCUCGAUCUGCUGAUUCAUGGACAGUGCUGCAAGGGAGUGCUCGCCCUGGAACUGGAAACCGGCAUCAUGCACCGUUUCCGGGGGCAUCAUACCGUAAGCCCGCUCCCGGGGAGCCGAGGCUCUCGAGAUGCCAAUGUUUUGUUCCUUGUUGGUCAGAUAAUAGCGACAGGCGGGGCGGAGCGCUGCUUUUUCUCGUGUACGGCGGCGCACACGUGCACGGGAGACGGCAUGGCCAUCGCCUGCAGGGCAGGGCUGCCCCUGCAGGACAUGGAGUUUGUCCAGUUUCAUCCGACCGGUAUAUAUGGAAGCGGCGUUCUUGUGACGGAGGGGAGCCGUGGCGAAGGUGGCCGACUAGUUAAUUCAGCCGGUGAAUUUUUCAUGGAGAGAUACGCGCCGAAUGCAAAAGAUCUCGCUUCACGCGACGUUGUUUCUCGUGCGAUAACGCUCGAAAUAUUCGAAGGAAGGGGCGUUGGCGAGAAGAAGGAUCACGUCUACCUGCAGCUGCAUCACCUUCCGCCUGAAACAAUAAGGUCUAAAUUACCUGGUAUCGCCCACCUGGCUUGGGUCUUUGCUGGAGUGGACGUGGAAAAGCAGCCCAUUCCCGUGAUACCCACGACGCACUAUAAUAUGGGCGGUAUUCCCACGAACUGGAGGGCGCAGGUGAUCACAAGAGAUAACGAGGAAGACAAAGUGAUGGAAGGACUGUGGGCGGCUGGCGAGGUUGGCUGCGCCUCCGUUCAUGGCGCCAACCGUCUCGGAGCCAACAGCCUCCUAGAACUCCUCGUUUUUGGCCGUGCGGUUGCCGAUAACAUCGACUGCCUCACAAGACCCGGAGAGCGGCAUACGGACCUUGUCCCCGAACUCGGACAACAGGCCAUAUGUCGCUUCGACGCCACCCGCUACGCCAAGGGCAGCGUCCCCGUCGCGCAGCUACGCGACGAGAUGCAGCGCACGAUGCACAAGUACUGCUCCGUCUUCCGAACGUGCGACGUCCUACAGCGCGGCUGUCGAGAAAUGACUCGGCUUUACAGUUGCAACCUGCCGGAUCUAUGCGUGCAAGAUCGUUCACUCAUUUGGAACACGGAGCUCGUCGAGGCCCUCGAAUUGCAAAACAUGAUGCUCUGCUGCAUGCACAUCGUAUACUCGGCCGAAAAUCGCAAGGAGUCGAGGGGAGCGCACGCCAGGGACGAUUACCGGGAUCGCAUCGAUGAAUACGAUUAUUCGAAACCGAUCGAAGGUCAGACGAGGCGGCCGAUCAACGAACAUUGGCGCAAGCACACGCUCUCCUGGGCCUACGAGGAUGGUUCGAUUUGCAUUUCCUACCGUCCGGUCGUGGACACGACUCUCGAUGAAGCAGAGGCGCAACACGUACCCCCGGCAAUCAGGUCGUAUUAAAGAAAUCGAGAAAGAACUUAUGUGAAAAAUACAAAAGUUAUAAUAAAACGUGUGUGUACUUGCCGACACCACUGGAACUGACCU